UGUGUUUGUUAGCAUUUGGUGCAUGUUGCAUCAUACUUCUCUCAGUGCUGCUUCUUUCCAACUGUGAUAGCAAACACAGUGCAAAUAGAGGAAUACCGCUGCUUAAUGACCCUGAGUUUUUGAAGAUGUCGGCAGAUAUACCGUUAAAUAUUAAUAUCAAGGAGCCCCGAUGGGAUCAAAGCACUUUCAUUGGACGAGCCAGUCACUUCUUCACUGUAACAGACCCCCGAAAUAUUUUGUUAUCUGAUGCCCAGCUGGAAAGUGCAAGAAAAAUUGUGCAUGAUUACAGACAAGGUAUUGUAGCACCUGGAUUGACGGAAAAUGAACUGUGGAGAGCAAAGUAUAUCUAUGAUUCAGCCUUUCAUCCAGACACCGGUGAAAAGAUGGUCUUGAUUGGCCGAAUGUCAGCUCAGGUACCCAUGAACAUGACUAUCACAGGUUGUAUGAUGACCUUUUAUAGAACGACACCAGCAGUGGUUUUCUGGCAAUGGAUUAACCAGUCCUUCAAUGCUAUAGUAAAUUACACAAACAGGAGCGGUGAUGCCCCAAUUACUGUCAGCCAGCUGGGAACAGCCUAUGUUUCUGCUACCACAGGUGCUGUUGCGACAGCUUUAGGACUUAAUGCACUAACAAAGCAUGUCUCACCUCUUAUAGGACGGUUUGUUCCUUUUGCUGCUGUUGCUGCUGCUAACUGCAUUAAUAUUCCACUAAUGAGACAAAGGGAACUCAAGUUUGGAAUUCCCAUCACAGAUGAGAAUGGAAACAGACUGGGUGAAUCAACAAAAGCAGCUCAGCAGGCAAUUACUCAGGUGGUUAUAUCAAGGAUCCUCAUGGCUGCUCCUGGCAUGGCAAUUCCUCCCUUUAUAAUGAACACACUGGAAAAGAGAGCCUUUUUAAAGAGAUUUCCAUGGAUGAGUGCUCCUAUUCAAGUCGGAUUAGUCGGAUUCUGCCUUGUGUUUGCAACUCCUCUGUGUUGUGCACUGUUUCCUCAAAAAAGUUCUAUGUCUGUAACACGCUUGGAGCCAGACUUACAAGCAAAGAUCCAGGAGAACAGCCCUGAACUAGAACGCGUAUACUUUAAUAAAGGAUUAUAAUUCAAGGAAGGGAGAAUAUCUUA